UUAAAAGAGCUCGCUGCUGUUUGUUAUACACCGCAAAGCACUGCAGGAUGUUUGCCGAGCGCUGCUCUCACUGGGGACGAGCCCAGAGCCGGUGAAGGGACCUUCGACUGGGCCGAGCAGCUCCUCGGGAGGAGGCGGAUCCGAGGAGGAGACGCGGAUUAGACAGGAAUGCAGCAGGGAGAGACGAGGGGACGAGCAGGAUCCGCUCUGGAGCCAUGCCCCGUGUGACCUCUGCGACCCCUGCGACCCCUGCGACCUCUGCACGGGGCCCCGCCCGCCUCCUGCUGAUGCUCGGUCUCCUCCGGGCCUCGGAGCUCACCUGUCCACCCAUGUGCCUGUGCAUCUCCGACACCGCGAGCUGCAGCUCCAGCGGCCUCGCUAAGCUGCCUCUGACCCUGCCGUCCUUCUCCGUCACCCUGGACCUCAGCCACAACCACCUCACCUGGCUGGCGUCAGGCAGCUUCUCCCACAUGCCGCGGCUGGAGAACCUGCGCAUGGGCCACAAUUACCUGAGCUCCCUCCGUCCCGGCGCCUUCCACAACGCCACUGGCCUCAGGCACCUGGACCUGUCCUCCAACCGGCUGAAGGUGGUGGAGCCGCACUACUUCCAGGGGCUGUGGAGGCUGGAGGAGCUCCUCCUCUACAAUAACAAGAUCACGCAGGUGGAGGCGGGCGCGCUGAGCGGCCUGAGCAGCCUGAAGAAGGUCUACUUCAGCCUCAACCAGAUCACGCACUUCCCCUUUUUCUCCAUCCGCGAGCACAGCCACCCCUUCCUGGCCAUGCUGGACCUGUCGUCCAACCGCCUGGCGCGUCUGCCCUGGGAGGAGGUCAAGGCGCUGCCGGGGCUGCUGCAGCGCGGCCUCUACCUGCACAACAACUCCAUGAUCUGCGACUGCUCCAUGUACAGCGUGCUGUGGCGCUGGGACGCGUGGGGCUACGACGCGCUGAGGGACUUCAGGGAGCAGCACGUGUGCUCCAUCGCCGGGGACCCGCGGGCCUCCAUCCGCCUCCUGCAGCAGCCUCGCUACUUCAACAACUGCACCGUGGAGAGGGCGUCGGCUCAGCCGGUGGCCGUGCUCCUGUCCAACGUGCACGUUUCCGAGGGCAGCCGGCUGCUGCUGGACUGCCCCACGCCUCUGAGCGGCGCCGACCUGUCCUUCUCGUGGCUCUCGCCCCGGCUGGGCCCCGUCUCUGCGGCGGAGCCGCUGCUCCACCUGUUCGCUAACGGCACGCUGGAGAUCCGGGAGGCGGCGGUGAACGACUCGGGGCUGUACGUGUGCACGGCGGUGGAUGCCGGGCAGUCCCUGAACGCCACCCGGGAGGUGAACGUGACGGUGGUGCCGGGUGAAGCGGACUCCUUCAGCACCGGCUACACCACGCUGCUCGGCUGCUUGGUGACCAUGCUGCUCAUCCUCAUGUACCUGUACCUGACCCCGUGCCGCUGCGGCUGCUGUAAACAGCCCAAGCCGCCGUUCAUCCCCAUCGUGACCUAUGACCCCGGCGCCUUCCCCUACUCGGCGAGCGAGCCGCCCAAAAGCCAAAGCAGCAAGCAUGUAGCAUUCAUGGAGCCGAUGACAGGCGACGCGGGAGCGGAGUGGACGCCUGAAAGCUGAUGCUGAGCAGCCAUCGCUUCCGCUUUUUUGCCAGUGGAACAAAGCGCUAGGAAGAAGCCAAAGCUCCCUCCUCAGGAAUCAGCCAGAGGUUGUUAUUAUUAACACUGUAAAUUACAAGCAUGACAAUCUCCUUUUCCUCAGCUUAAGCUUCCAGUGUAAACAAAGCAAUAUCUCCCGCUCCCCUUCUCUGUCCUCUGGUUGUUAGUGGAAAUGAUAGCGUCAACUUUAGCUUAUUAACUAUAAUUUAGAAUUAUCAGGCCUGAAAUCGCGGGUUCAUAAUGAGUGUGGCUCACUUCUCACAGACACAUUAAUCAGGGUAAAAGGUUUAUGACUGUGUAGGAGCCAUAGAAACUAGCACUGCAUCAGCUGAAGACUUUAAGUAAACACAAUAUGUCUCUGUAGCUCCGCUAACCAGCUCCUGAGAGGACGCGAGCUGUGGCGUGUGAUUAAAGGCAAUAAUUGGGAAGUGAUGUUAGCACAUUCAUUUCUACCACUGACAAAAGAACGAAGUCGAAAAGAAAAGCAAUGAAUGUUUUUCUGCAGACAUGUUCACAUUCUGCAUCGAUAAACUGUACAUUUAUCUGGCAACCCAAAACGAGGCGAGUCGGUUUAUGUGGCAAACAGGAAACCAGAAACAAACAGCGAUUGGCCUGUUCUUCAAAGGCAGCAUCUCUGUGAUCAAACACGGCGGAGCACUUUGAACGCCUCCGAACACAACCUCACAAUGUUAACUGAAGUGACAAAUAUUAAAGCAGCGCUGAUGCGAAGCCUCCAGGCAGGUAUUACUUUGUAGAGCUGUGUUUUGUUUCUUGAUUUCAUUUUAAAUUCAGUGUAACAUGCUCCAAAUGACAGAAUUACACACUGCGAUAACAACAGAGCUGAACCAUGUAGAGGAACCUGGAACGACAUGAGUGUGUGGGAUGAGAGCAUGAAGUCACCGGCGCAGCUGGGGCCGGUUGGGGAUGAGGCUGCGCUCGCUUUUAUUUCACUUUUAAAGUCCGGGCGCCCAUGAUGUGAGUGAGUGUCACACAAAUUGCAUUGAGAUUGAAAAGGAUUACAUGUAAUCUUUCAUAUAUACGUCAAAAGCAGCAGCCACAAAGGAGAACAUGUCGCUACAGAAGACGCCUUUGAUUAGUUCUAAAUCCGUAAUUAAAACUGGACUCCCCUCGAGCCCCGGGGGAAUAAUACUGAAAUGCAGCGUGAAUGUAGAUUCACACACAAUAAAAAGGUGGAAGUCCAAACUGAAGCGGGCAGAAACUGGGCCAGAAACGGUCUGUGACAGAGUUUCUACGCUGCUAAACACUCAGGGAUUAGAGCAGUUGUAAUGCACCACUCUGCUGCAUCACACUAAUACGUUAUUGUCAUAUUUAGCAAAGUUUCAAAUGUUUUCAUGGUGAAAAACAGCAUUUAAUUGUACGUACUGUGACGUUUUAUGUAACCCGAUGGACCAUCUUGCAGCCGAGUCUGUCGUGACCUGUGGUUUUACACGGUGUAAUGAGUUGAUGGGUCGGUUCCGGAGAUUAGCAGGAGGAUGAAAAGCAGGUGCUUGGUCAGUUCGGGUUUUAAAACCCCUGUAAUCUGGUUCUGCUCCUGUUGCUGCUCACACAGCUGCAUGGAAGGGAUUGUUUCUGAUAUGAUUAAAACCCCAAAACAACACAUCAUGUGAGCGUUUCAUUAAGAGCUUUCUGCUUCACACAGGGUCCAUUAAUGACCAGUGGUUAUGUAACCAAACUGCUGAUUUAGGAAUCAACCUCACUCAUCCUCAACAUCCUGAUGCUAUUAGGCGUCCACUGUUUUUAAUUCUAACCUUCUGACACCGAGUACUUUACAGAUAAUGGGAAAAAAGCCUGAGCACAACAGACGAGCACAAGAGACGCACAAAAAGCAGACUACGCUCAUUUUGCACCAUUAAGCUCUUCUACAUCUGAAAUACAAGGCAGCAGUUACACAGAGCUUUAUAACAUUUAUUGUUAAUAUUUUAUCCAAUUUGUAUUUGAACGUGGGACAAAAUUCAAUGUUUUAUCUGAUCAUUAACGCAACGCAGUGUUUAACUUGUGUUCUCAGACAUAAAUAUACCAGGUGGGUGAGGCUAAUGAGAAUAUACAGUAUUCAGCCAAAAAUACCUAAAAUCUUCUCUAUUUCACUAGUUAGGCUUUAAAUAUGUAUUUGUUUAAAUGUGACUUAUAUUAUGACCAUUUUUUGCAGUAAUUGCCUAAUAUCAGGUUUAAAAGUGUACGCGUUACUCUGUCUGCAAAUUACCCAGAAGCUCCCUCACUCACAAAUUACCCAGAUAUAAAGAACGGACCCCUUGAAGCUUGAAAAGAUGCCCUUAUCCAAAGCAAAGCACUCCAUCAGGCUUCAAUUAAAGCAUGCGCUUCCUUCUCCGGAUUAAUUGUUUUCCCUGCUUCGACUGGGCUCCAAGGGAAACGAAAUCAUCUUAUUUAAGAAUCUAAUUACUGUGAAAGUGGAGUUUUACUCUGAAUAACACAAGUUGAAUUGCCUUCACUCGGGGACGGCUGCCUUGACUGUCAACGUGGGCUAUUACUGAGCUGUCAUCAGGCAGGAGUGGAUGCAUCCAGCUGUGGCAGACACAUCUCUCAGAAACGGAACCACCCACACACGUAUGCUCAGUGGAGGUCCAGUGUCACAGAACCGCCUAAAGCCCUUAUUUCAUUCUAAUUGGACUCUUGGACUAUGAAAAACACGCAGGCAGCGUUUGUAUCUUAAGUCCACUGUAUGUCUUUAUUUUUUAGGGAAAAUCAGCUUCUCUAGAAAAAGAAGAAAAUAAAUGUGCACUGUUGCACUGUAGACAAGGAGCCAUUUAUCAGGAACGCAGGCCCGGUUCUGUGUUUCUAAGUCCGACCACUGUAGGAAACACUGCACAUGACUGCAUCAUUAAUCAGAUCUACAGUACAUGCAGUGACAAAGCACGGUCUGCCGCUGAGGACGCAGAGAGAAGACCUCUGUCUGUUUGUGCAUGAGUACAACUUAGCUGCAUGCAAUAAAAUCUGACAAGCACAA